AUGAAGCAUACUAUUGUAAAGUACGCUCCCGGUGGCUCAACUGGGAAUGAAAAGGAUCCAUUGGCAUGCAAUGUAAUGUCGGCAGCGGAACCGUUGAAUGCGACUGGAUCAGCUCUUGGCUCCAGCUCAAAAGAUCUGGUCGAUCUUGAGGCUCUGGUACUGAGCUGGGCUAAACAGAUUUUCGAAGUUACGAAGACCAAAAGCCAAGCUAAAAUUAACAAAAAACAUCUGCAGGUGAACAUUUUCAUAGACCUAUUUGAUGGCAGUUUUAUCCCGUGUCCCUAA